AUGCAUAGGUCUAUUCAUCGUAAGAAGUUGGAAUCUCUUUUCGUAAAUUAUGCUGAUAAUGCUUCUGAUGUUUUCCCUCAGGUGAAUCAGAAUGCUGUUCUUAAUCUUUCUUCCAAACACUUGACUUCAGAUCAGCUUAAUGCUCUUAAACUUAAUAACAAUUUUGCUUCUGGUUCAAAACCUUCUUUUCCUAAGUUGGUUGCUCCAAUUGAGAAAGCCUUUAGAUUUAGUGCUCUCACUGCUUCUCAAAAGGACUCUAUUAGGCAUAUCAUUGCCAAUACUGUGGAUUUCAAUUCCAAAUGGACUUCAAAUACUUUUAGCAAGCAUGCUAAUUCUUCCAUCAAAGUUUUGUGUUCUGAUCCUGAUCUAGUUGUUACUAAGGCUGAUAAAGGUGGCCAAAUUGUUAUUCUUGACAAAAGUUCAUAUUUAGAUAAAUGUAAUGAGCUCAUUGCGGUUGGUCCUUAUGUGACACUUCACAAAGACCCUAGUAUUAGAGAGAUUAAUCUUAUUAAAAAUGUUGUGAAAUCUUCUCCUAUCAUCAGUGAGUCUUCAAAAAGGUCUUUAACUCCUUCUGUUGCACAUUGUGCCAGAUUUUAUGCUCUACCAAAGGUCCAUAAACCCGACAUUCCGCUUAGGCCUAUUGUUUCAAACAUUGGUACUGCUUCAUAUAAACUUGCUAAGUAUUUAGUCUCUAUCUUCUCUUCUCUUUUAAUUAGCAACUCUUUUACUGUCAGAAAUUCUGUUCAUUUUGUUCAGAAGUUACGUUAUUUUAAGCCUCAUGGUUUAACGAUGGCUUCUUUUGACGUGAAAUCACUUUUCACUAAUGUACCGGUUAUUGGGGCAUUGGAUUGUCUUAAAUUGAGACUCCAAGAGCAUCAUUUUUCUAGUUUUGAGAUUGAGGAACUCGUUUCACUUACUCGUGUUUGUCUUGAACAGAAUACUUUUGUGUUCAAUGGUACUUAUUUUCGAAUGUCUGAAGGUUUAGCAAUGGGUAAUCCUUUGAGUCCUAUUUUAAGUUACAUUUAUAUGCACUAUUUUGAGACUAAACUUUUUGAAACCAUAACGUUUCCGUUCUAUGUUCGGUACGUUGACGAUUGCUUUGUUUUGCUUGACCAAAACCAUGUUGAUAAUGAAUUUUUACUUUCUACUUUAAAUUCUAUCGAUCCUUGCAUCCAAUUCACUAUUGAAAUGGAAACUGAUAGUUCUCUUUCAUUUUUGGACGUCUUUAUUACUAAAAGUAAUGAUGAAUUUAUGACUUCGGUGUUUCGUAAGCCUUUUGCUGUUACACUACCUCCUCACAAAUGUUUCUCAUCCUCCAAACCAAAAGUUGGCCUCAUUCAAGGCUUUUGUGUUCCGUGCUUUGAACAUCUGUUCUUCCUCCAAUUCUUUAAAUGCUGAGCUUUCUUAUCUUAAAGCAGUGGCUUUCGAUCGUAGUUAUUCUCCUAGCAUCAUUGAUUCAAUUUAUAAUAAGUUAAUUAAGCCCUCUCAUUCUGAAAAGGU